UAGUGAGGAGUAACUGGGAUGGAAUUGGAGAGGCCUAGGAAUCACUCCAAACCUUGAUUUCCACGAUUUGGGGUGAUCUAGUCUAGAGGGCUGAUUAACCGACAGCUGUGAGCCAUUGGAUCCUGGCCUGCAGGAUGGAGGAAAACCUGACUAAACCAGGAUUUCCUCGUCUCUCCUUUCUUUCUGCUGUUGAGUUGACACCGCAAGCUGGUCCAAUAGACCUUAAUGAUAUCAAGAAAAAUCUCUAUGGUGACUUUUCUGCAAUCUCUGAUAUAAGCCAGAGAGAAAGCUUGGAAUCCAAGGAAGGAAUCCAUGUUUGCCUUCGCAUCAGACCAUUUAUACAGGGAGAAAAAGGCAGCGAUUCUCAGGACUGUAUUUCCAUUCUUGAUCCAACAAGCAUUAUAUUGAAAGCUCCCAAAAGUUCCAAAGUCUUCAGACUCAGCGAAAAAAACAUGGGGCAGCUGGUGCAGAAGUUUACGUUUUCACAAGUAUUUGGUCCUGAAACAACACAAGAAGAACUCUUUGAAGAAACUGUGAAGCAGCCAGUGUUAGACUUCAUCAAGGGUCAUAGCCGGCUAAUAUUUACCUAUGGAGUUACAAAUGCUGGGAAAACAUAUACUUACCAAGGCACUGAAGAAGCCAGUGGCAUUCUCCCAAGAGCACUCGAUCUCUUGUUUAAACGCAUUCAAAGCAGGCUGUAUCCAGAGAUGAACCUCAAACCCCAUCGAUGCCGAGAACAUCGGAGGCUGACAAAAGAGGAAAUCAAGGAAGAAGUAUCUAUUAAAAGCUCGCUACUUCGACUCAUGAAAGAGGUCGAUUAUCCCAGUGACAUGAAUGAAAAUCAUAGUAGAAUAGCUGAUAGUUUUAAAGCCUUUCAGGAACCACAGAUAGAAGCAAUGCAGUCUAAUAUGGAGAACCAAAGAGCACAAUUCUCAGUUUGGGUCUCAUUUUGUGAAAUUUACAAUGAGUGCAUUUAUGACCUGCUGGUUCCACUCUCCAGUGACAAAAGAAGGAAGGGGUUGCGCCUCGCACAGGACAUUAAAGGCUGUUCAUAUGUUAAAGAUCUGCAGUGGGUUCAGGUUUCAAAAUUUAAAGAAGCCUUUAAACUCAUGAAGCUGGGUCUGAAGCAUCAGAGUUUUGCCUCAACAAAGCUAAAUUCGAAUUCCAGCAGAAGCCACAGCAUAUUCACUGUGAAAAUGCUAAGAAUCGAUUCUGAAUCAACUCGAGUCAUGCAGGUCAAUGAGUUAUUUCUAUGUGACCUUGCUGGCUCAGAGCGUUGUGCCAGAACCCACAAUGAAGGAAACCGAUUAAAAGAGAGUGGGAACAUUAACAACUCGUUACUUAUUCUAGGCAAAUGCAUCAGUGCCUUGAAGACCACCCAACAAUCAAAGUUGCAGCAGCAUAUCCCCUUUCGAGAAAGUAAGCUAACUCACUUCUUUCAAGGUUUCUUCAGUGGCAAAGGAAAAGUGUGCAUGUUAGUUAAUGUCAGCCAGAGUGCUGCAGCGUAUGAUGAAACGCUCAACGUGCUCAAGUUUUCGUCGAUUGCUCAAAAGGUCAUGGUCUUAGAUUCUCCCAACUCUCCUCAAGUAGAGGAAUGUAACCAAACAUCUGUCAAAGCAGAAUCUGAAGUGAGCACCGAAGUGGAUGGAUGUUUACCUAUUAAAAGAGCUACUAUUCAGUGGGAAAGAGCACUGGAAGAUGUGAUGGAAGAUGAAGAAGAGCCAGAAGAAGAGAACAGUGGGGUACAUGAGGUAAACUGCACAGCAGAAAACACACAAGAAAAUGAGUAUGAGGAUGAAGAAGAGAUGCCCAGCCAAACAGAAGAUGAAGACAGUGACAUCAUCAUUGGAAAAGCAGAAUAUCAGGGGCUACUCAGUAUAAUAGAGAAACUAAAAAACAAGUUGAUUGAAGAAGGAAAAAAUAAGCUACUCUUGGAGAUAAAAAUUCGGGGAGAAGUUAUGGAGGAGUUUACUCGGUACUAUGCUGCAAAAGAGAAUAAUCGCAAUCAAGAAAUGGUGGAGAACCGUGAGGAGCGCAUGCAGAUUUACAAGAAUCUGGUGAACAAAUGUACACAACUGGCAAAUGAAGGAGAAGAAGCAGAAAAUGUUCCAGAGACCGAAACUACUGUUCUGGACGUAACACAGGGAGAUGAAACUGCAGAGUUGGUAGAUGCUUCUAAUCUUGCUUGUAUGGUGGAUUCUUUGCAAGAUAAUGUCUCUGAUAUUAAGAAUCAGGCGGCCAUUGCGUACAGAGCAAUUCAAGACUUGGAAGAACCUCAAAUAACGAUUGAACGGCUUGAAAAACAAUUGGCUGAAGUUACAGCUGAGCUGUCUCGCACACGAGACGAACUUUUGCGCAGGAAUCAAGCAGAGACAAUGAAAGAUGACAAACUGAGUGAAUCUACUAAAAUUCUUCAUGAUGCUGUUGAGAAAAUGGCUCAACAGAACAAAGGCAUACAAGAGUUAAAUCAGAUCGUGGAGCAAAAGGAUGAUGAAAUUAGGAGGCUGAAAACUCUGGUGAAGGAAUUGGAAGCUGUGAUAGAAGUCUCUGAGAACACAGUUGCAGCUAUAAAACAAGAAAUAGGACAUGACAAUCCUGACAAACGAAGCCGUACCCAUUCUGCAGAAUCCCUGAAGAAGUAUGUGGGUACUGGACGGAAACGGUGUAUGGAAAGUAAUGAUGAUGAAGAUAGUCGACCUGCAAAGCAAGGCUUCACUAACAACACUGCUAAAGACGCCACAGAGACAAAGAAACCAGAAUACAUGCAACUCAAUACUCUGAAAGAAAGGGGAGAAAUGAUAGCAUUGGAAGAAAAAAACAAACUGCUAGAAAACGAGCUGAUCACACUUAGAGAGGAGUUAGAGAAAGAGAAAAAUGGGAAUGAGGAGUUUUCUAAAAAGAUAGCAAGUUUAUAUCAGGAGCUUUCUACUUCAGAAGAAAAAGCUUCAGACCUGAGCAAGGAAUUCCAGCAGCAGCAGGCUAAUUGUGAGAAGAUAAUGUCAGAAUUGGUUGUGUUAAAAGAUACAAAUAAGACCCAAGGAGAGAAAAUUGAGAAACUACUUGGAGAAAUAGAGGCUGCGAACCAAACUAUUGCAGAACAGAAAUCAAAGACAAAAGCAGUUGAGGUAAACAUAGGUGAGCUGAGAAAGGUUGGUUCCCAGCACCUUGCCACAAGUAUCGACUUGGCAAGUCCAAAAAGCAUCGUAGGGCUUCCAAAAGAAGAAAGGGAAACCCACGUUAGUUGUAGUCAAAGAAACUCAUUUCACUCUAGCAUUGAAAGUAUCUGGGAAGUGAGCAAACAGAUCAUUCAUGCUUCUUCUCAAAAGAGCCAUCAGAUUGAAGAUCUCCUCCAACAGGUGGAACAACUACAGAGGCGGAUGGUGGAUGCCGAAGAUGUGAAGCGUGAGCUGAAGGCAGAGUUGACGGAGAUGACCAACCAGUUGCACACAUCCUUGCAGGAAAAAGAGCAGCUGCUUGAGAAAUUAAGGGAUUUGGAAAAGGAAAAUGGUCAUUAUACUGAAAAAUUUAGAGAAGAGGAGAAAAAAGCACUUGGCUACUUUAAGGAGAAAGAUGGGCUCGAGGAAGACAAUAAGGCAAAGGAGGCCAGGAUAACAUGUUUAGAACAAACACUUAAAGAGAAAGAGUCAGUCAUUUUUGCAAUGGAAAAAGAGGUAAAAGACCUACAGGAGAAAGUUAAUAUUUCAGAAUCUAAAAUCAGAAACUUAGAUGAUCAGGAAUCACAUCUGAAAGCAGACCUUCGGGAACUAAGGACGACUCGGCAAAAGAACAAGGAAGAAGCAAAGCAAAUGACUGAACAAUUGAAUAGCAAGCUCUCGGAGAGUAUUGCUCUCUCCUCCCAUCUGCGAAUGGAAAUCCAGCGGAAGGAUGAAGAGUAUGCAGAUCUGAAAGAAAAACUGGCUGACGCCAAAAAACAAAUUGAUCAAGUACAAAGAGAGAUAUGCAGCAUGCGUACUGAAGAGAAAUUACUACGGAAUAAAGUCAAUGAACUUGAAAAGGCUAAAAACCAGCUCACCGAAGAACUAGAGCUCAAGCAAAGAACAAUUCAACAGUUUCAGAAGGAAGAACUCAAUAAGAAAGUGGAGGAUGUUCAACAUCAAUACCAGAAAGCAUGUGAAGCUCUACAUCAAAAGGAUAAGAUCAUCGAAGAUAUGAAACUGACUUUGGAAGAGCAAGAGCAGACUCAGUCUGAACAAGACCAAGAACUUGAAGCUCGAUUAGAAGAGAAUGAAAGAUGUGUUGCAGAACUGGAAGAAUGGAAGAAAAGGUAUCAUGAGAUAGAGAAGCAGGGCAGUAGUGUGAGGCAACAGAAUGGUAAAGCAGAAUGUGAAACGAGUACAGUGUUGCUUCAUGAAGAAGUGGCAAGACUGCAAGAGAAGCUGAAGGAGUGUGAAGAACAACACAAAACGAAUCGCCAGAAGUGGCUGACAGAAAAAACGCUUCUCAUAAAUCAGGCCAAAGAAGCAGAGACGCAUCGUAACAGAGAGAUGAAAAGAUUUGCUGAAAACAGAGAACAUCACACGAAGCAGCUAGUAGAAGCAGAAAGACUUGUGACAGAAAAAGAUAAUGACCUUCAGAAAUGGCGUACUGAGAGGGAUCAGCUGGUGGCAGCUUUGGAAGUUCAGCUGAGUACUCUAGUUUCAAGUAAUGCACAAAAAGACAAAGAAAUAGAAGAACUGAAAAAGGCUAUCUUGAAAGCUCCUGAGAAGAAUUUAAAAACAGCUACUGAAAAACCUAGUAAAGACAUUACCAAGGAAUUACCCAUUCCAAAAGAAGCAGAAACAAAGAAAGUGGAAGACCUCUCUGGUAGUAAACAGCUGGAAGUGAACCAAAGUGACUUGCCAAAUUGCAAUAGUGGAGGAGAAAGAGACCAAUCGAUACAGAAUUCUAGCAAAGUGUCAUCGUCACUAGAAAACAUUCAGGAGCAGUCAGAUUCCCUUCUAGAUUCUUGUGAAGUCUCUUCAGACAAUGACCAAAUUAGCCGUUUCCCAAAACCUGAAAUGGAGAUUCAGUUUACACCUCUGCAGCCCAAUAAGAUGGAAGUGAAGCAUCAAGGGAGUCCUUCUUCUGUGACCAUAAAAGUUCCCAAGGCAAAGAAAAGGAAAAGCAGUGCACUGGAUGAGGAUUUCUUGAAGAGUGAAAAUAAGAAGAACACUGCAUCCCCAGCUGGCCUGGUUAUAAGUUCAGAUUCAUCACAACAAAAAAAGAACAAGUCUGCUACAGACCACAAUGUCAAAAAAGAUUAUUCUUUAAGAAGUAAAUAUUUUCCAUCAAAAAUAAAAACAUCCGUGGACACAAGUGGAACAUUGCAAAAAUUUGGCUCAUUUUUGCAGAGUUCGCCAACAAUCAUACAAUCCAAAGCAAAGAAACUCAUGGCAACAAUAAAAUCUCCCAAAUCUACCGAGGAGGAAUCUGUUAAGGAAGUAAAGCCAAAACGGGCUAGGCGCAAGCUGUACUCAACUGACGUUUCUUCACCAAUGGAUUUCUCUGGUCAUGUGAUUGUUAUGGAUCAAAAGGAAAGUGAUCAUGAAAUCAUAAAGAGGAGGCUCCGAACAAAAAAGGCACACUAAUGCAUGUGUGUGUGUGCAUCUUAUUUUUGUUUUUCCUAUGGAGAAUCAAAUGUGCAAUUUAAUUUUCAGCGGUUGAGUUUCAGCUUAUAGUACUCUAAAAUGAAAAGUUGGAUGUACAUGGGGAACUCUUUAUACUUUUAUAUGGGCAUUGUGAACAAUGUGCUUUCUUUUGUCAUGAUUUCAUAAAAUUCUGUAUAGAUAUUAUUGGUGUUUGUGUUGUCAAUAAGGAGAAAAUAUACAUGUAUAUGUGAGAAAAGA